AUGAUACCUUUAUCACGAUGUUUCCAUAGAUUUCGCUCAGCUCAUCUGACGCACUAUCGGAGAUUUGUACGGUUUUCUGAGAAACUUGAUGAAAGAACAGAAGAUGAUCUUCUACUUAGAACAAAAGAUUUUCGUGGAGUAGUAUCAAAAUACGGAAGAGACAAGAAAGCAGUCUCACCAGAAAUCCAUUUGGCUCAUUUAAAGCAAAGUCUCAUUGUGAGUGGUAGAGUUUCUGGUGGCUCUUUCUUCGAGAAUAUCGUCAAAGAGUUGGAGAAGAACAAUGAGUCUCUACGUUUUGUAUUAGGGAAGUAUCCUGACCAAUGGCUCUCCUUAAUUUUAUCGAGUUGUGGAAAUGCAAUGUCUAAUGCUAAUAAGAAAACUCGAGAGAUGAUUUUGAAUAGAUUGUGGGAUGUUCUUAUCAAAAAUGCCAUUCCCAUAAGUAUUACUGCAUACAAUUCGAGAUUGAGAGCUAUGCUCGAGAACAGGACUAACUUCUCCGUUGAAGAAGAACUGUCCUACCUUACAGAAGAUUUAAGUCUAGAACCUAACCAGGAGACGUUCCAGUUAUUUCUGGAAAGAACAGCUCAUUUAGGAGACAUUGACGCAUGUCGAAACUUGGUUUACGAGAUGGCACGGAAUGGUUGCAUUGUUGAUUCCAUUUGUAAUCAAUCACUUGUAUAUUGUUUUGCUGUUCGUGGUCAGUAUACGAAAGCUGAUUCUUUAGUAGAAAAAAGUAAAUCCAAGUUUGAUGAGCAGGCACAAGCUCUCGCUAAUGGAGCCUGUGCUAGAGCCGCAGCUUUUCGGGGAGAUACGACUCGUUUAAGACAGAUUCUAAGGAGAUCUCUUGGCAAAAACAAAAAGCUCACCAUAUCUGCGAAUGACUUGUUUGAAACAAUUUUCCUAUUGUCGGAGGCAAGUGUUGGAGAUGAUGUUUCUUCAAACAAUCUUCUUAUAGAGCAGAUUAUGAACACGAUGUCGCAUCCUAAAGGUUUUUUUCAUUUGUUGAUCCGUGAAAUAGAGAGAAAUAUAUCUCAUGAUCAUUUCUAUACUACAAUAUGCUUAUUGGAAGACAUCAAGCGUAUUUCGGAAUGUCUAAAAAAUCAACAGCGAUCAAAAAUAAUGGAACAACUUCUGGCUAGAUUGAGUCAUCAGCUUAUCCGUAAUCAAGUUCCUAUCGGUCAGGUGCUCGAUAUAGCUCGACGAAUUGUAGCACUUUUUAAGACCGAAUCUAUAGGAUCUAGAUUCCAUGACAACCUGUUACAUGCUGCUCUUAUGUAUAAGGAUUUGAGUUCUGAUCAAAGAAUUGACUAUAUGACGGCUUUUAUUGAUGUGGUAGAUCAUCAUCGGGAAAGACCACAUCUUCUUCUACCUUUGCUAGUUUCUACGGACGAUAUCAACGAGCGGUUGAAAAUAUUGUUUCGGUGCUCGAGAAUGGGCUAUAAUGAUAUCACCGUGUUAGGAAAUGAGCUAAUGAAUCUGGUUCUACAACCUCUGUUCGACACAAGCACUCCGUCCAGGAGAGAAACGAAACUGAACAAAACUUUUAAAGUUUUAAAAAGUUACGGAGUGUCAGAUGAAGUCGUUUGGAAAUUAUUCCAUAUGUGGUUUAAAAUCAGAGAGAAAGAAGAAGCUCUUGUACCUUUUCAUCAGAGAACGUCUCCAACUUCAAGCAAUUUACGAGAUUGGCUGCGGGAGCAUUACACCACAUUUUUUCAACAAGAGAAACCCUUUUCAACGACGAACACUGUAGCUCCUGCCUAUGAACGUUUGAAAGCGAUAGUAGAUGAAAGAGAUGCAUCUAAAGCUGUAAUUUUUCUCGAUAGAUAUGGCUGGCCGAAAGAUACUAAUUACGCUGAAAUAGGUUCUCUGCUAGUUGAGCUUGUUCUAGAUCUUGAAGACUGGCCUACGGUAACUAAGGUUCUAGGCUCACUGGCAUCACAGACUAAUGAUUGGGCGGAGAGACACGGAGAAUCAUUUUCUCCUCUGAAAAACAAUCAUCUUUUGUCGAUUUUGAGAAGACUUGCUCAAGAGAAUACGGAUUUUUCUAUUAAACGUUUAAUUGAGUAUUCAUAUGAACUCAAAGGAAUGUUUCCGAACGCAACUGUUACGUAUGACACAUUCUUCGACACUUUACAUGAGUACAACAAAUUGUUUUAUAAAAUUUUCGAGAAACUAACAGAGCUCGAUGUAGCGAAAGUAGAUGAAAGUAUGGAGUUGCUGCGAACACUGAUCAAACUAGACAUUCUAUCUUUGCAUGUUAACGAAACGUUAACAACUGUUUUUGUAAAUAAUGUCUUGAAAAAAAUCGGGUUAGAAGAAGGCGUCAACACCUGGAUGAAGUUCCAGUCGAGUCUCUCUUGUUCAAACGGGAUUGUAGCUCUACUACGGCACUGCUUGAACAGAAACGAUGACUUGUCUACCAAGAGGAUAAGUUAUAUCUUACAUAAAGCUCAGAACUUUACAAGCAAGUCUCGUGUCCAUACGUUAUACUGCGCCGUACUGUUAUCAGCCAGAAAAUACGAUGACACACUGAAAUAUUACUCUAGUCACAAAGAAGCUAUAAACAACUCUGAUUUCGUCUCUUCCUACAAACUAAUGAAUGCUUUGAAAUUCAAACGACUCGAUGAAGAGUUCCUCUACAACUAUGUAGAUUUUUUGCUAACUCAUUCUUCUCUAUCAUCUGAUACAGCUGUUGUUGACUCUUUACAAAACGAAUGCAUCCGCCUCUGCCAAGUUCAUGACGCUGGUCCACUGUCUUUGAAGAUAUACCAGCGUUUCCUAGAAUCGGGCUUAGAAUUUGAUGACAAAUUGAAAAUCAAGUUAUGGGAGAUCAUCGGGAAACACGAAGAUUUCGCUAGGAAAUGGCUUUACCUUCCUCAUGGUAUGUUGAGGCUGUCAGAAAAUGAUCCUAUUAAUAGUGAAAGCGAGGGUUACACUAUCCAAUCAAAGCUAAGAGAGGAUAUUAAAAAAAUUAGGAAAGAAAGCAUUACUGCGGCGUGA